GAUUUUUAAAUUGAAGAGUGACUCGUCGUCGGAGGAGCGUGUGGCCCUGUGUGGCUAACUAGCACUGCGGAGGGUGGGGACAAAAAGUUGCCAGACCUCGCCCAGCCAUUGCUUCAUUCAGACGGGCAGCUAACCCUCAAGACGCCGCGAGACCGCCGCACCAGGUUUACGUCGAAGGGGGAUUUUGACACAGCCGUGUCAAUAAAGUUUAUACACCAUGUUCAGGAAGACCUUAAAAAAGGACCCCGAGCUGUUUCAGAACGUGGCGGACGGGCUGCGGCAGCUUUACCGGACCAAACUGUUCCCUCUGGAGGACACGUAUCGAUUCCACGACUUCCACUCGCCUGCCCUCGAAGAUGCCGACUUCGAGAACAAGCCCAUGGUGCUGCUGGUGGGACAGUACUCCACCGGCAAAACCACCUUCAUCCGCCACCUCAUGGAGCAGGACUUCCCCGGUAUGCGGAUCGGGCCCGAGCCGACCACAGACUCGUUCAUCGCGGUGAUGCACGGGGAUCAGGACGGGGUGAUUCCGGGUAACGCGCUGGUCGUCGACCCCAAGAAGCCCUUCCGCAAACUCAACGCCUUUGGAAACGCCUUCCUGAACAGGUUCAUGUGUGCCCAGUUGCCCAACCCGGUCCUGGAGAGCAUCAGCAUCAUCGACACUCCCGGAAUCUUAUCAGGAGAAAAGCAGAGGAUCAGUCGAGGAUACGACUUUGCUGCCGUGUUGGAGUGGUUUGCGGAGCGCGUGGACCGCAUCAUCCUCCUUUUCGAUGCCCACAAGCUGGACAUCUCCGAUGAGUUCUCUGAGGUGAUCCGGGCGCUUAAGAACCACGAGGACAAAAUGCGCGUGGUCCUGAACAAGGCUGACCAGAUCAGCACCCAGCAGCUAAUGAGAGUCUACGGGGCGCUGAUGUGGUCCCUGGGAAAAAUCAUCAACACGCCAGAGGUGGUGCGCGUGUACAUCGGGUCGUUUUGGGCCCAGCCCCUGCUGGUGCCGGACAACAGGAAGUUGUUUGAGGCCGAGGAGCAGGACCUCUUCAUGGACAUCCAGUCCUUGCCCCGCAAUGCUGCUUUACGUAAACUCAACGACCUCAUCAAGCGAGCGCGUCUCGCAAAGGUGCACGCAUACAUUAUCUGUUCGCUGAAGAAGGAGAUGCCAAGCGUGUUUGGAAAGGACUCGAAGAAGAAAGAGCUGAUUUCCCAUUUGGGGGAGAUCUACUUGAAAGUGGAGAAAGAGCACCAGAUCUCACCUGGAGACUUCCCCAACCUUGCUAAGAUGCAGGAGCUGCUCAACGCUCAAGACUUCUCCAAGUUCGCCGCGAUGAAGCCCAAGCUGCUGGAGGCGGUGGAGGACAUGCUGGCCAACGACAUCGCCCGCCUCAUGGCCUUGGUGCGUCAGGAGGAGGCGGCGCUGCCCAGCAACUCGGUCAAGGGCGGCGCCUUCGAGGGAACCAUGAGCGGGCCCUUCGGCCACGGCUACGGCGAGGGGGCCGGCGAGGGCAUCGACGACCUGGAGUGGGUGGUGAACCGCGACAAGCCUUCGUACGACGAGAUCUUCUACACGCUCUCGCCCAUCAACGGCAAAGUGUCCGGCGCUGCCGCCAAAAAGGAGAUGCUCAAGUCCAAACUCCCCAACACGGUGCUGGGGAAGAUCUGGAAGUUGGCAGACGUGGACAGAGACGGCCUCCUCGACAACGAAGAGUUUGCCCUGGCCAACCACCUGAUCAAAGUCAAACUGGAGGGCCACGAGCUGCCCGCCACGUUGCCCGAUCACCUGGUGCCCCCGUCCAAGCGUGGGACCGCACUGCAGGAGUAGCGCUUCACUUUCUGUUUGGGACUCUAAGCACGGCAGAGACUGAGGGUUUGGUGGGAGAGGAGUGGGUUUCUCGUGAAUUAGGGGAUACAUGUUAACAAUUGCAGCUCUGGGAGAAAAAAAAACCAAGAUAAAAAAUUUAAAAAAACACUCGACCUAUUUGGGUAAUUUGACUGUUUUUGAUUUUCUGCAAAUAAAUGCUCUAAAUCAGUGGUUCUCAAACUUUUUACGUGAAGUAAAAAAUGUUUUGCUCCAAGUACCACCGUGACCAACAAUAAUGUACAGUAGGCUAAAGUGUUCAAUGAAAACAAGGUAUUUUUUAUUCCUGAAAGAUAUAUUUAAUAUUGUAAGCCAUUGUAACAUUAUGCCCGGUUUGAAUGGUAGCAUUGCACUUAGAGGGGGGAAAGAAAAAAAAAACUUGAAUAAUUAUUAAUUUGAAAUCUAUCACACGAUAAAAUAAAAACUGUACCUAAACAUUUAAAAAUAAACUUAAGUGUUGUACUUUAAUACAACUGAACUGUACUUAACAAAUGUACUGUACUUGGUUUAAAAAAAAAAAAAGUCAUUCAUUUCAUUCUGUGAUCGGUUCGUAUAAGUGAGUAAAAUGAACAUUUUUGUUUUAUUGUAUCAACUUCUAAUAUCAUAACUCCCAAAUUCGAAAGCCAUACAUACUAUCAUUUGCAGCAGUGAGUCUCAAUGGGUCGAACUAGUGGUUCGCGAGCUCCCUCUAGUGGUACACACAAAUAGCAAAAUCAGAGAAGUUGAUCAUUUUUGCCACUGUGUUUCUUUUUUUUUUUUUUUUUUUUUCCAGAGCUGUACAUGGGGAAAUAAAUGGGGGGCGGGGGGUCCAUUCAUGAGAGGACAUAGCGGAACUUGCAUGAUGCGUCUGAAGCUAAAUUUACACCUAAAUGUAAAUGAUGUUUUAUAGUAUACAGUAUAUAGUCCAGAUUAUUUGUUGAUCCAAAGAAGUAUUUUUUUUUUUUUCAAUUUGGAGAGAGGAAAUAAAUAACUUCAUCUAUAUUUUUGCAUUUCCUGUCUUUGACUCCAAAUGCUUCCCUUUUUUUUUUUUGUUAUUAUACCAGAUAAAUAAAAAAGAACACAUAUCAUCUGG